CAGCUGACGGUGCACUUCACGUGACGCGGGAGCAGGGCGAACAUGGCGACUACCACCGGUCCUUCGUUUUCCCUGGGGAAUGAAACCCUGAAGGUGCCACUGGCACUCUUUGCCCUGAACCGGCAGCGCCUGUGUGAGCGUCUGCGAAAGAACCCGGCCACACAGCCCGGCUCUGUGGUGCUGCUGCAGGGCGGGGAGGAGACCCAGCGCUACUGCACCGACACCGGGGUCCUCUUCCGCCAGGAGUCCUUCUUUCACUGGGCGUUCGGAGUCACUGAGCCAGGAUGCUAUGGCGUGAUUGAUGUCGACACCGGCAAGUCCACCCUGUUCGUGCCGAAGCUGCCCCCCAGCCAUGCCACCUGGAUGGGAAAGAUCCACUCCAAGGAGCACUUCAAGCAGAAGUAUGCCGUGGAUGACGUCCAGUAUGCAGAUGAGAUCGCCAGUAUCCUGACAUCGAGGAAACCCUCCGUCCUCCUCACUUUGCGUGGCGUCAACACCGACAGUGGCAGCAUCUGCCGGGAGGCAUCCUUCGAGGGCAUCAGCAAAUUCAAUGUCAACAACACCAUUCUUCACCCGGACAUCGUGGAGUGCCGGGUCUUUAAGACGGACAUGGAGCUGGAGGUUUUGCGCUACACCAAUAAAAUCUCCAGUGAGGCCCACAAGGAGGUAAUGAAGGCCGUAAAAGUGGGAAUGAAAGAAUAUGAGAUGGAAAGCCUCUUCGAGCACUACUGCUACUCCCGGGGCGGCAUGCGCCACAGCUCCUACACCUGCAUCUGUGGCAGUGGUGAGAACUCAGCUGUCCUGCACUACGGACACGCCGGGGCCCCCAACGACCGGACCAUCCAGGAUGGAGACAUGUGCCUGUUUGACAUGGGUGGAGAGUAUUACUGCUUCUCCUCAGACAUCACGUGCUCCUUUCCUGCCAAUGGCAAGUUCACCGCUGACCAGAAGGCCAUCUACGAGGCGGUGCUGCGGAGCUGCCGCGCCGUAAUGAGUGCCAUGAAGCCAGGUGUCUGGUGGCCCGACAUGCACCGCCUGGCUGAUCGUGUCCAUCUGGAGGAGCUGACCCGCAUCGGCGUUCUGACUGGCAGUGUGGACGCCAUGGUCCAGGCCCACCUGGGGGCCGUGUUCAUGCCUCACGGGCUUGGCCACUUCCUGGGCAUUGACGUGCACGAUGUGGGCGGCUAUCCCGAGGGUGUGGAGCGCAUUGAUGAGCCGGGUCUGAGGAGCCUGCGCACUGCCCGGCAUCUGGAGGCAGGCAUGGUACUCACCGUGGAGCCGGGCAUUUAUUUCAUCGACCACCUCCUGGACGAGGCCCUGGCCGACCCGGCCCGCGCCUGCUUCUUUAACCGUGACGUUCUGCAGCGCUUCCGAGGUUUCGGUGGGGUGCGCAUCGAGGAAGACGUCGCGGUGACUAACACUGGCAUGGAGCUUCUGACCUGCGUGCCCCGCACGGUGGAAGAAAUUGAAGCAUGCAUGGCAGGACGUGACAAGGCCUUUACCCCUUUCUCUGGCCCAAAGUAAAGCCAGUCAGGAAUACCCAGGACUGGGGACCCAGCCUUGCCACCACUCUUCACCAUGGGCAGCCUGCUGAUUGGCGCUCCGGUGGCCAGAGACGGUGCUGAGAAAUCGCAAGCCAGCCUUGACCACUGCUCAAACCAAAUCACACUUUGCUGGGGGAGCAACUCUGUCAUGACGCCCCCCAUCCUCCAGUAGAUCCCACCCUUCAUCUCUGAUUCCUAGCUUAAAUGACAGUGGCUUUUAAAAUGUGAAUUGAAAAUAAUCCUGUUCUUUGGCUAUCAUUUGCAUUCUUUUGCUCAGGAAAAAGGCAUUUCUAGAAAUUUUCUUUCAAAAAUCAAAUAUACAGAAUGGAAUUUGCAAUUAAAGAUUUCCUAAAGUGGUCCUUUGUGCAGGGCUCCAU